CCCAACAAUGCUGCUAGCAAGUGAGUCUUGGCGGAAGUUAUGCGACAGCUGAGUUGAAUUUUUGCUUUUCAUGUUUACGUUUUGAUGUCUACUUAUUUGGUUUUAGCUCGCUAGAAGGUGGCUGGUCCAAGGAUUGUAUAGCACCCGAGAGCAUUUAUUUUAUCUUGAUGAACCUACUCCUUGCAGUUUUGGAUUUAAUUUCUCAUCAUGGAAGCGUUUCUUAGUCAGACGAAAAAAGAACUAUCGGAAUUGGCAUCAUUCAGCAAAAUAAAUAUUGUUCUUGGAAAUGAGUCAUGUGACUUGGAUUCAGCUGUAAGCGCCAUUGUUUAUGCUUUCUACCUAUCUCAGAAAGAAGACAGUCCACAGAAACCUUGCAUUCCAUGCUUAAACAUUAACCGAGAGGAUUUGGCCCUAAGAACUGAAACGGUGCACUACCUUGAGAAAAACAACAUCAACUUGAAUCACCUCACUUGCCGAGAUCAAAUAAAUUUAGGAGAAUUGCAUCGGGAUGAUAGACUUAACUUGUACCUUGUUGAUCAUAAUACACUACCUGGGAAGGACAGUGAAAUUGAAGGAGCUGUUGUAAAGGUCUUGGACCAUCACCAAAGCAACCUUGUUGGUGACGACGCACCUGAUGGAGUUAUUGAGUUGGUUGGGUCAUGUUGUACAUUAGUUGCAGAGCAUCUGCUACAGGAAGAUCCAAAUUGGGUUUUGCAAAAUGUUGAUGAAACAAUUGCCAGUUUGUUAAUAGGAACUAUUUUGUUUGACACUGUAAAUUUGUCUGAGUCUGCUGGACGGGCCACUCCUAAAGACAUCAACAUGGUUGAAAAUUUACAGAAAUUUUGUCCAGAUAUAAAUCAAGAAGAGAUAUAUCAGGAGAUACAUGAUGCGAAGUUUGAUGUUGCAGGAUUAUCGACCUUUGACUUGCUUCGUAAGGAUUUUAAAACUGUCUCAAGUAGAGGAGCUGACAAUGCAAAACAAACAAUUGGUAUUAGUUCCAUAACAAUUGAGAUGGAGAAAAUUCUGAAACGACCAGAUAUGCGUGAUGAUUUUGCAAGCUUUUGUACAAGUAGAAAUUUGCAGAUUCUCAUCUUAAUGACAAUAUCAAUUGACAGCGAUGGAAAUGCAGAGCGAUGGCUCCUCCUUUACAAUCCUGGAAGUUCAAUAUGUCAAGAAUUGAUCAGUAAUCUGAAAGAUGACCAGCAACUAUUUUUGUCGAUCAUGAAUGAUGAGGAAGAAGGAAUCACUUUAUUCAAACAACAGAAUUCAAAAGUAUCCAGGAAAGUUGUCAUGCCUGUACUGCAAGAAUUCUUAGAUAAGAAAAAAUCCAAUGAAGCAGAUUUCCUCACAGGAAACUUUAAUAAUAGUGCUCUUGUGGAUUUCUCUGGAGGGGAUGUAGCUUCCAGCAAUCUCUUAGAUUUUGAUCCUUUUGGAAGCCCUGCAACAACAAGUUUUGAAACGCAAAAGGUGGAAGAGGUUAACACUGAUCCCUUCGGAGGUCUUGAUUUACUUGCUGGAGGAAGUCUUGAAUCUGGACAAAAGUCUUCAGAUUUUUCAUUUGAUCCUUUUGCAACAAUUGUAGAAGAUGAUCCAUCAUUUACCACACCAAAGUCUCCUCUGUCACCUUCUGGACAGGAUGGUUUUACAGAUUUGUUAGGAUUGGAUCCCUUUGGAGUUCCACAGCAGCCACAGAGCAGUUCAGGUUCAUUUGACCCUUUUCAAACAAUAUCUCCAAGCUCAGAUUCAUUUAAUAGUCAAGAGGAUCUACUAGGUGCACCUCCAGCAUCAGCUGACCCAUUUGAUUUAUUCUCUAAACCUACAAACCAAGAUUCCACUCUACAAUCAGCAUAUCCCACUGAUUUGUUUAACAAUGGUCUGUCAACAGCUGAUCCCUUUUCUGUAGCUUCUAAUCCAGUUGAAAGCUCCAGUGAGGAAGUAUCAAACAACUCUACUAAAUUUUCUGGUGUGUUUGAUUUACUAGGAGGACAAUCAGAUGCAGUGAUGGGAGGGAAGAGCGACCAAACUCUUCAGACGACAGAUAACUCAAAAUUGUCCGAGGACAAUGGCAGUUUCAAUAGCUUUGAAUUUGUUGAUAAAUUAGACUGUUUGGAGGAGAAUAAUCAGGAUUUGCCUGUCUCUUACAUUCCCAAACAUGUCCCACCGACUCCACAGAAUUCAUAUUCAGACAUGAGUGAACUUCAGAAGAGUGCUUCAAAUAAAGACUUUGAUCAUGAUGAACUCUUCAAAAUGGUCCAAAAACUUGAUUCUCCAAGUGAUGAUAACAUCAUUGUUAUCACAAGUAAUACCAGUCAUCCUGAUAGUUGGGAGGAAAAUGGAUUUGAAAAUGAUUCAAAUGCUAUCAAUGGCUUGGAAGAUGUGAAACAAAAGUCCUUUAAUACUGAUGAAAAUACUGCCUUGUACAAUAGUAAAAAUUCUAACAGCAAUCAACAAGACAGAAGCCCAACAAGUGAUAAAUCAUCCCCAAUUGAAAAUGUUGAUUCUCCAAUUGGUGCCAACAAAUCGAGGACUACAAGUUGUGGUAGUGAAGGUUCUGCCAGCUUUACUGAUGACAUAUCUGACUCCUCAAGUGGGGACUCUUAUUCCCUUAAUGAGAUUCCUCAAUAUGCAGUGCAUCAUGCAAUUACUGAGAUUCAAGAGGAAGAUGAGGAGGAAGUUGAGGAGGACAAUGUAAAUAUUGAUGAUAAAACUAAUAUUAGCAAAUCUACUAUGGACAUUGUUCCGAAUAUUAAUGAGCCUUUAAUGCAACCAGUGAUACAAAAUGGAGUAGAAGAAAAUCAUGGACAGGAUGGUCAAACAUUGAUUCCUGCAAUUAUCAUAGAUGAGGUGCAAAAAAGACGCAAUUCUGUGGAAGAAGUUGAAGUUCCUUACAUUGUGGUUGAGGAAGUAGAAACUAUGAACUUCGAUGAUGAUGAUGAUGAUGAUGAUAAAGAAGAAGAAAGUGCAGUGAAACAUCCACCCACCCAGCAUAAAGAGGAAGUCACUUACGAUGCAAGUGAAGAAACACCGGCAUCUCAAAUUAGGAAUAAUGAUAGUCAAACAGAAACAUCAUCUCAUGUUCUUGAAAGAGUUGAUAGUGAAGCUGUUGAAGAAUAUGUGGAACAGGUUGUUGGUGAUGCUAUCAAUACAAUAAAUAUGGAAGAAGGAGCAGUUAAUGGACAAUUUAAUAAUGAUCAUGAUAUCCAGACAGACACAUCUUCUGCAAGGCUGCAGAGGAUUGACAGCGAAGCUGUAGAAGAAUAUGUGGGACAUGUAGUUGAAACUUCUGUUAACGCUCUAAUGCAGGAGGCUUCAAAACAGAUUGAACAACCAGAAAGUGAACAUUUUAACUCUCACCUUCCCACUGAUAGAAAUCAAGGAAUUGUGGAUGAUGUUGUUACAGGAUCUUCACCAGUACUUGAAAGGAAUGACAGUGAGGCUGUAGAAUUAUUUGUCGAGCAUGUAGUUGAAGCAGCUCUGGGUACGAUGAAGACUGAAAGAUCAAUAGCAGAUGAACAAGUGCAACACGAGGAACACAACUCUGCUGCUGGUAGUGAUAUUAUUAGCAUGGAGACCAGAUAUAAUCCUGAAAGAGAAGAUUUAGAAGACGAAAGAGUAAUAGAAGUUGUUGAAACUGCCAGUACUGAAUCGCCUGUCAACUCACAACCAGUUAUAAUUCAGUCAGAUCAAGUCAUGCCAUCUGAUUCUGUUGAGGCAAGUGAUGUCAAUCAGGAAUCACCCAGUGAAAAUAAAAAGGUAUUAGAGUUGUCAAUGGAUUUAGAUAUGGAUGAGGAAGAUAAUGACAGUGAUGUGGAGUCCAGAGAGAGAUCAUCUUCUGCUGUUAAUGUUAUUGAAGAGAUGGCAGCAGCAGCUGCCAACCUUAACAAGGAGCCUCCAAAGAGACCUACCGAAUUACAAGAUGGUGUCCUUAGCAUUGAUGAUUCCUAUAGUUCACCUGUAAGUGGUCUCAGUUUUGAUGCCCUUACACCUGAUGAAGAGGUGGACAUUGUGGGAACACUAGAAUCCUCUGUGCCACAUGAGAGUACGCCAAAGAAGCCGGUGGUAGUUGAUGAUGAUGUCAAGCAGAAGAUCAGCUUUGACUGGAAUGAGGAUUCAGAUAUCUUUGCAAAAGCUGAAGAAAGACAGAAAAUGAAGGAACAAGAGGAUGUGCGACCCAAAACUUUGGACAAGACAUUAUCUGAAGCGUCAUUCUCUGCUAAAAUCCGAAUGUCAGGUGUUUCGAUCAACGAGGAGUGGCAAGAUGAUGAUUACUCGCAUCAGAAGUUACAAGGUCAAUCAGGAACGCUUACCUCGCAGGAUUCCUUCUUUGAGCGGACAGUGCCAAUGAUGGAGAGCAACAUUGAAGAGGAAGAGCAGUUGGAUGACAAGAUAGUGGCAUUAGAUGGAGCAACACUGAGGGCGGACUAUUCAUUGAGAGAACGCCGUCUUACUACUGACAGUGCUGUUCUAGAUGCUGCAUACCCAGUUGAUGAAGAUGACGACGACGAGGAGGAUGAUGCAGGAGAGGAUGAUACAACAGACAGUGCGUUUGCAGAAAGACCUGUCCCACCUUCUUCAUUGAACGUUGGAGGUGCUCGUCCAAAGCACCGUAAAAAGGUGAACAUACCAGCUGGAUUGAACCUUGACAUGGAAGCCGCAGGGGAUGAGCAAUCACCAGCGACGAACGAUUCGGCCAUUUUAACUCCAAGUAGCACAGAGAUGUCUUGGGAGGAUGAAACGCCGAUAUCAAGCAAGGCAGCUACUCCGAAUAUUCCCCAAGAGCCUAUUCCGGAAUACACUGCCAAGGAAGAGUUUAAUGACAGACACAACUGGAGGAAAGUUUCGAUUGGGGGAAAGGAGCAUAGCAUUGAUAUGAAUGUCAUUAACCCGUACAGGAAAGUGCUUUCACAUGGAGGUUACUAUGGUGAUGGAUUGAAUGCAAUAAUUGUAUUUGCAUCAUGUUACAUGCCAGACAAGACUCGCAGAGACUAUAACUAUGUGAUGGACAAUCUAUUUCUGUACAUUGUAAGUACAUUGGAGCUACUUGUUGCUCAAGAUUAUAUGAUAGUCUAUUUUCAUGGAGCUGCUUCCCGAAGGAAGGUACCAGGAAUGGCAUGGAUGAGGCGCUGUUACAAACUAAUUGAUAGAAGAUUAAGGAAGAAUCUGAAAGGUUUGUACAUAGUGCACCCAACAAUGUGGCUAAAGACAGUGGUGGGAUUCACCAAACCGUUUAUCAGUUCCAAGUUUAGUAGCAAAUUGAAGUUUGUUUAUCAACUGGAUGAAUUAAAACAGCUUGUUCCAAUGGAAUACAUAUAUGUUCCUGAAGAAGUUAGAAAAUUUGACCUAAAGAGAACACAAAAGGAAAACGAGGGCUUGUGGGGGUGGAUAAGCGUUAUGCUCGAGCUUGAUGAUGACUCUGCUAGCGCCGCAUCGGAUCAGUCAGAUACAGAUUCGGACUUUGUAAUGGAUAGUUACAUUCCUUCAACACAACCUACUGAUAAAAAUAAAACACCAGACUCUAGAUCACUACCAACUGAGCCCGGUAGAAUCCAGUUUUCAUCGUCCUCAGAGUCUGAGUCGGAGGAACCACGCAAAACAAAUUGUUUUGAGAAUAAUAGUUUUCGUGACAGUGGAGCUGGCGCCCACGGUGAGUUCAUUGAAGACGACUACAUGAAAUGCCAUAUGACAUCAUCAACGGUAGAUACCCGAGUACUUAGUCCGCAUCCUACUACAACAAUUAGCGGAGAUAACACACCACGAAUGCAAUCGCCGCAUGGUAUACUCCGGUUUCAGGAAGAUGAGGUUGAAGCUGAGCAUGAAUCCCAUAUACGCGAUUGGCUCCUCUAUCCAGAGGCAGGUAGUUGGACGUCUCACGAUUCAUCACAAAGGAAAGAUGUAAGGAAUAAUGAAACAGAUUUUUUAAUCCAAGAAAAUUAUAGAGACUAGAUUUACUGAUUUUAAAAACAAUGGUUUGAGAUAAUUUGAAGUUUCAUUAUUGAUUAGGUUUUUAAAGCUUUGUUGUGUUAAUCUUCAGUUGUCGAUAACCUUUGAAAUUAAGCAAAGUUGUACCUUGGUGACUGGCCUUUGUUCUACAGGCCUGUAUUCAGGGUCAAUCAACUGGGGUCAGGGGAGGGCUAGAGCCGGUUGGAUCCCAGUUUUGAUUUUCCAUUACUAUGGUAGCUUUAUUGCCCGAAUACUGGCUUAACGAUAGAUUGCUGGUUAAAAUGUAAAGAUUUCAGAUUCCUUUACAGAAAAUAGCACCCCCUACCCCUUAAUGGAUACAGGCCUGUUCUGCAAUUGACCUUUCUAAAAUGUCAAUUAAAGUUAACAACCGACCAGUCAGAGCAGGGCUUGGUCAGCUUGUCCCAUGUCCCACUCUGUCAUUUUGAGGUACCUUAGCAAAAAUAUCCAAGGGCGGGGCUUAGUGGCCGAAACUGUCUAUUGUUGAUUGCGAGCCCCUGGACAGUAAAAGUUGUUUUUUUUAAAAUUUUUUGGCUAUCCUGUUACACUAUGUCAGCCAUAGUGUACUUUUUAGAGGUUUCUAUAAUUUUGUUUUUGCCUAUAUAAAUAAUAUAUAUGAUAUGAUAUACAGUAUGUUAUAAGUUGUGAAUGUCCAUUUCAGAAAGCUGUUUUGCCAUAUGAUUAUUGUAAA